AUGCCACAAGCAAUUAUAUCCCCUUCUAUUUUAUCUAGUGACUUUGCUCAACUUGCUGUUGAAUCUCAACGUAUGAUAAAUGAAGGGGCGGAUUGGUUGCAUAUUGAAGCAUCACAAGAUCCGGGGAAACUUAUUGAUGAAAUUCGUGAACAUGGAAUGAAAGUUGGAGUUGCAGUUAAGCCUAAAACACCUAUCGAUGUUAUAUUUCCUCUGGGUCAUAUGAUUGACAUGUGUUUGGUAAUGACUGUUGAACCUGGUUUUGGUGGUCAAAAGUUUAUGACAGAAUGUAUGCCAAAGGUAAAGGCAUUAAGAGAAAGAUUUCCCGAAUUAAAUAUAGAAGUGGAUGGAGGUUUAUCACUUGACACGAUCGAUGAAGCUUCUAAAGCUGGGGCAAAUGUGAUUGUGGCUGGUACCUCUAUAUUUAAAGCUAGUAAUCCUAAUGAGGUAAUUAAAACAUUUAGGAAUAAAGUUACCGCUGAGCAAGUUAAAUAUUCAAAAUUAGAUUAA